AUGAACUACAAGGAUGUUCCAAGUACCAGUUCAGAGACACUAAAUGAGAAUAUACUCAGUUGUUGUGAAUAUAUACAGAAAACGUUACCACCGUUAAAAAGAAUGAAAAAAGAUUUUUCUAAUCUAACACCAGAACGUAUUGCUAUGCUGGAAAUUUAUCGAACUAAACAAGCAGAAAACUAUGCAUUGGAUCAACAAAGUAUGAAUAUUCUCUUAGAAACGAAUAAAGUUUAUGGUGCCAUGAUGGAUCAUAUACAACCAGAGAUUUGGCAGACUGGCUUAGAAGACUGUAUGCAUUUUUAUACAAAUCGGUGGAAAGAGUGGGUAAGCUACCGUCUUGGCCAUGAUGAUCAUGAUCGAAAUUCAGUCCGAAUGUAUAACACUCGUUUCACCCUACCGAUGGAGUUGAAAGAUUUGCAAGGAUUGAGUUCAAUGGAUUAUUGUCUUAGAUAUUGCAUUCUCUCUACUCGCCGUACUGGUCUCUAUCAAAGAAUCUUUUCUAAAAUGAAAGAUAAUCACCAACAGACAUUAAAUCUAAGCAUUCUCAUGGAAUCGAUCAAAAGUCUCCUUGGAGGUACUUUAACUUCAGAACAAGCCGAUGAACUAGCUUCCUUGUUUGAAUUAACUCCUGAAAGUAGGACACUCACGAUGAACGAAUUCUAUGUACUAUGCGCGGUCGCUGAAAGAUUGUAUUACCAAAAGAAUUUGCAUUCGCUAACUGAAGAAACACAACAAAUGUUACGAAGUCCCAUAGAAACUGCAGAUUUCUAUAAACUAAAAUCAAGAAUUAACGGAGUGAAUAUAAAGCCAUCGCUCUUACGGCUACUGGAAAAGAUUUCAAAGCAAGAACCUUUCAUUUUUCCGAAGAUUACAAUCAGCGAAGACAAACCUGGAGGUUCUGACUAA